AGGAAGGGUCUCCUCAGUUACGAUGACAUUUUCGUGACAGCUGCUUAACGUAUCGAAUCCUGAAUGUUGCCAGACAUUCUACUUUCUGUGUUCCCAAGAAGCUCGUCUUUGAAAUUUCGUCAAAACAACAAACUUCACCAUGGAUUACGCACCUGAUAGCAUAAGUUAUAACGAAUUGGGAUUUAUUUCACAGCACAAGAAAAUAUUCUCCCCAGAAGAAGUAGUAUUUCCAGAAGACAGGUGCAACACAGUGACAGUAGCCACCCGUUAUGGUUUGGUAUUUUGCAGCAACGACAAUGUUAUUAAAGUUUUUGAGAGCAAGUCAUUAUUCAGCGAUGGUGAACCACCUCCAAUAGUUACGAUUGACACUGGCAAUCCAGUAACUUACAUAUCAACAAGUUGUGAUGGUUUGACACUCCUAGUUGUCAUUCUUGAAGAUGACAAGCCUAAAGUACUUUUCUAUGAAAUUAGGUCCAUGUUUCCUGGUUGUGAAGCUCCAUCACCAUUUGUAGCCACAGCACUAAAUGGUGGGUGGGUGCAAACUGUGGCUUGGAAUCCUAUGGAUCCCAAUAGUGUGGCUAUUGCUACAUCACCAGAAGAUCUCUCCAUUCUUACUUUGAACGAUGACAAAAUUGAAACCAAAUCAAAAAGUAUCAAAGCAAGGGCUCUUAGUUGGUCUCCAAAAGGAAAACAGUUAACUGUGGGGCUUGCUGAUGGAACUCUAGCUCUAUUCAAGCCAGAUUUGACACUCGUCCGUACCGUGAAGAAACCUCCUAUGGAUGCGUUGGGCUCUGUGCAGAGCAUAACUUGGUUCUCUAAUACAGAAUUUUUCAUUGGGUACAGAUUAGAAACUGAAGAAGGAGAACAAGUGUUGAUGUAUGUGAAUGCUCCCAAAACACAAGAACCCAAAUUUAUUGUGUAUGAAUACAUUUGCAACCAAAAUGAGGGGCUGAGACCAUCUACAUUCUACCAGAUUCUUUUGCAGGAGUGGAGUAUUUUGUGUUUAGCAUCCUCAAGAGCGCCUCAGUUGGGUGUUUUAGGCUCCAUACAAGACGUGACAGAAGGAGUCUGGUGUGAGCUAGAACUAGAGGAAGACAGAAAAGCUGAUAUGCAUUGCAUUAACAUAACAGAAACAACCUACCCUAUGGGUAUGGCCAUAGAUUUCACCUCACAGAAGAUCUUCAUGCACAAAGAUGGCAAGACCUCUGGCCCUGGUCCUGUGAUUUACUGCAUGUCUACAGGUGGAGAACUCAACAUUUUUCACGUAAUAAAUAAUCGCUCGGGAGCUGAAGCCUUAGUUGUACCUGCAGAAACUUUACCAAAGAUGGGACAUCGCACAGCUGAACAGUACAAGGGUUCAGGAACACCCUUUUCAUUUGCAAAGCCAACUGUGACUAUACCAUCUACAACAAAAAGUGCAUUUUCAAGCACAGUGCCUACCAUGCCUAUUGGUGGGAAUAAAGUUGAAUCCCCCAAGCCAUUACUACCUUCAAAUGAUGGGACUCCCUCCACUCCAUCCAUGUUUGGAGGUUCCCUGUUUGGAAUGGCAGCUCAGAACAAAACUCCCCUUUUGUCAAAGUUCACCUCACAGGCCCCAGUUACUACAGGGCUUGGAGGAGGAGGAGGAGGAGGAGGAAUGACACUAGGAAAAUCUUCUCCAGUGCAGUUCAGUAGCACAACCAGUAUUCAGGCAGGGCUGUUAGCUCCCAAGACAUGUGAUAAUAAAGAUGUACUGAAGAUGAACAUGGCAACAGGAUCAAAUGGGGGGGGGAAGCCAAGUGGGAUGGUCCCCAUUAUGACAACACCCUUCAAGUCACAGACUCCAUCUCCUAUUCCUUCCAGUCCUUUGCCUAAGGUGGCUGAAAGUCAACAAAGCAGUAAAUCAGCUAGUCCACUAACAACUGUGACUCCUGCUCCUAGUAAAGAGAAGGAAACUGGCGAUAGAGUAUUAAUUAACGUGAUAUCGUCAGUCUUGUCGCAGUUUGAGGAAGAGAUUGAGAAUCACAGUAAUACAGAAAGCAACUGUGAGAUUGGAUCCAGAGAUGAAAUGGGAGAUAUUAGAAGCUCACUUGUGGAAGAAAGUUCUUGGAUUAAACAGAUGUCUUCAACGACCUCAGAGUUGUCCAAUGAGAUUACCCAGCUUCAUUAUGAAGUUCUCCAAGGCUUCAAGCUCAGAGAGGAGGCUGAGGCUCAACUCACUAAAAGUAAAAAUCCCAGGCUUCUAUCAUCCCUGCAGGCAAGACAGUUGGAUCCACACAGCCAAAAAACUUUGGAGGCUAUUCGAUCUAAGUACCAGUACCUCCAGAGUCAAUUAGAAGAAGUAAAUACAAGGUUACAUUUGGAUUGGAUUACAUACACCAAUGCUAUGAAGAACAAGAAAAAGCGGGACUUGCCCAUAUCAGAAACUGUUUACCAUGCUUUGAUGAAGUGCCACACACUAAGGACUAGGCAGGAACGAGAAGUGGACUUAUUGUGUGAUCGGCUAAAGACUUUAGAUGUUGAUAGUUUAAGCAGAAACCUACGUGUCAAUCACCAGCAUAAUAAUGAUGAUGCCCUUGCGACCCUUGAGAAAAGCUUGAAUGAAGUUAAAGUGUCCCCUUCAGCUUACAUUUCUCCUAUCAAAAUGUUGCCACAAGGAAAGCAAGAAAAACUUAGGAAGAUAUUGUCUCAAAGAAACACAAUUCCUGUCAGGAAGUGCUCUUCUGCUCCAAAGACAGAUCUGACAGACUUGUCAGGGUACAUUGACACAUCAAGAAAGAAUAGCCUUCAGGAGAAUUCGUCACUUCAAGGGCACACUUCAUUUUCUAUUCAUGCUGAGACAUCAUUUGGUCCCCAAACAUUUUCUACACCAAAUCGUAAUAAUAAAGCUGCAGAAAAUUCUUCACCAGCAGCACUUACUAAACCAUCUACUGUACUUUUUAGACCAGGAGUAGGAUUAUUACCAAGCACUUCAUCCAAAAUAGAAGAGGUUUCCCAGGAUGAAAACAGAUUUCUCUUACUUAAUUCUUCAUCUAAUAAAAGUGCAGUCACAAAUGGAAGCAGUAAGCCAAACAAGGAUUCCCUCACAGGUUCUAUUACAUUGGGCAUUGCCAAGCCAAUGUAUGAGGACAUUACCCCACCACAAACUCCUGACAAUAAACCUGAAGUUGAAGGGAAAUCUGCCAGCCCACUACUGGCACUUUCAUCUCUUGUUUCUAAAGUACCUACAACCACAGUUGCUGCCACAGAUACCAUACCAUUUACUGAUGUUUCUAAUACAAAAUCAAUCUUUGCUAAAACACAACUAGUGUCACCUUUCAACAGUGUAGGAACAACUGCAAAACCCAUUACAUUUUCAUUUAAGCCUCCAGUGUCUCAGGCUUCUGGUGAGGCCAUAAUGCCAGUUAAAGAAGAAAGCCAGCCUCUUCCUCAGUUUACCAAUUCUAAUCUCUCUGUUAGCAGUUUGUUGACAACUUCAACUGUAACGUCUGCUCCUUCUGCCAGUGCAACAGGCCCCAAUGUUGCUGUCACAAGUACACCCUUGCAGUUUGCCAAUUUACCUAGCAAUAUGUUUUUCAAAGGCUCAACAUCUGGUGAUUCUGGAAGUGGAAUGUUUCCAUUGAAGGUACCAGCAUCAAAUACCUUUUCAGCAGGUAAUACAAGUACUGCCAGUGAUCUUACAUUUAAAUCAUCUUUCACUGCUGUUUCAUCAACAGGAACAACCUCUUUAUUUGGUGGUGCUCUGACAAGUCAGCAUAAUUCAAGUUCUACAUCCUCCCAAUCAUCUGUUCCUACAUAUACAUUCAGUGCUCCAACUGUAAAGGCAACCACUCUUGAAUCUACAGCUCCUUCUAAUCAGGCUACCUUGGAGUCUUUAAAAUCCUCAAAGGAAAGCAGUGAAGGAAGUUCUACUAGUGAAUCAUCUUCAGACUCUAGCCCAACGCCAACAACAUCAGUUGAAGAAACCUCUGGGUCUGAAAGCUCUGUUAUCUCCAAAACACCUGUAACUCCAUCAGUUACUGCAUCUGUGUCUGUGUUUUCAUCACUGAAACAGCCAGAAGGAGGAAGCAAAGCUGAUGUAGCGGGAAGUACCUUAUUAAAUGUCCUCAGUACGUCUGGUUCCCCCACAACUAGCGCGUUAUGCCAAAGCACUACAAGUAGUGGAAGUUUAUUUGGAGGUGGAAGUUCUCCAGCAUCAUUUGGUACUCCCAGUGUUGCAUCUGGUACAGUUGCAAGCCCACAGCCUGGUGGUCUGUUUGGUGGCAACUCGGGGUCAUCAGCAGGUGUCUUUGGAGUGCCGAAGACAACUGAAAGUGGGAACAUAUUUGGAGGGGCUAAAGCAUCUGAAAGUACUAGUAUAUUUGUAACACCAAAAUCAAGUGAUAGUGGAAGUAUAUUUGGAGGAGUCAAAACUACAGAAGUUGGUGGUGUUUUUGGGGGUAAUAAAAAUGAAAGUGGAAGUUUAUUUGGAAAUACCAAACCUCAAGAAAGUGGUACCUUGUUUGGAGCUACCAAAUCAUCAGAAAGUGGAAGCUUUUUUGGAACUGCUAAAACUUCAGAAAGUGGAAGUUUAUUUGGCGGUGCCAAACCAUCAGAAAGUGGAGGCUUAUUUGGAGCUGUCAAAACAUCUGAAAGUGGAAGUGUUUUUGCAGGAGCCAAAACAACUUCCAGUGGGAGUAGUAUCUUUGGAAUGGCGAGUACAGCAGAAAGUGGGAGCAUAUUUGGAACAGCCAAGACAAAUGAAAGUGGGAGUAUAUUUGGUGGUUCUGCAGCUUCAUCUGGGAGUAUAUUUGGAGGUACACAGCUGUCUUCUGGGAGCAUUUUGGGAAGCAAAUUGUCAGCACCAGCAACAAGCACAACAGAAAUUACAUCUGUUACAACAACAACAGUAGCCAGUAGUUCAGCGGGUACAGUGACCAGCCCAUCGUCCACGGGAAGUAUAUUUGGUACAGUAUCAACUCCAGCUACUGCAACUGGUGGAAGUGUGUUUGGAGGUGCUUCACUAUCCUCUACAUCUAGUGGGACAUUGUUUACCCCAUCUGGUACUUCAACCUCAGGUUUGACCUUUGGUGCAUCUGCCACCUCUUCCUCUGGCUCUACUUUUGGUCAGCCAUCUAGCUUUGGGGGUCAGUCUACGCCUUCAGCUUUUGGAACCUUAUCCACUUCCACCACAGUGUCAGGUUUUACGUCUCCAGCCACAAGUGCAAGUGGCACCAUUUUUGGACAGAAAUCAGAGGGAGGGUUUGGACAGACAACAAAAAGCUCAUCUAUAUUUGGUGGACAGACUGGGUCAGGUUCUAUAUUUGGGGGUACAACUCAGAGUCAGGGUGGUUCUGUAUUUAGUUCAUCAGCUUCUCAGAGCACCAGUAUCUUUGGUGGGACAACUACACAGGCAUCUGGAACAAGUUUGUUUGGCCAAAGUGUGACAAGCUCUGGAGGCACAUCAGGGUUUGGCCAGCCUUCUCCUGUAGUAACAUCACCAUUUGCAUCAGGAAGCACAACAACACAGGAAGCUUCUGUGCCUUUUGGAUCUGCCUUUGGAAUGGGUAAGGUGUUGACUGUAUCAGGCAGUAACACUGCAAGCAGUGGUGGAGGGUUCUUUAGCGGACUUGGUAGCAAGCCUAGUGAAGAGAGUGCUAGCAAGAAUAUUUUUGGAUCAACAACUUUUGCAAAUGCUAAGCCACAAUUGAGUUUAUUUGGUGGCCAAAGUAACACCAGCACAUUUGGGGCGCCAGCAAGUACAAGCUCUUUUGGAGCUGGGAUGACGUCGAGUUCAACAUUUGGGAGCCCAGGCUUUGGAGGGCAAGCAAACCCUGGGGCCAGCAGUGGGGAGACAACCCAGAGUGCCUUUGGAAUGACAACACCACAGAAAACCUCAGGUUUUGGAAGCAACUCAACAUUUGGAGGGUCAGCAGUAUUUGGUGGUUCUCCAUCAUUUGGUUCACCUCCCAAGUUUGGCAGUAGUCCAUCAUUUGGAGGGUCUGCUACUUUUGGUUCUUUAGCUGGUGGAGGUGGAUUCAGCAAUUUUGCCUCUUCAGGAACAAGCACCUUUGGAUCCGUGGCAAAUUCUACAUCACCAUCAGCGGGUUUUGGAGGCUUUUCUUCCCAGGGCAAUGCAGCUUCAUUUGGAAGUCUAGCUCAACAGACCUCUGACCAGCAGCAGCAGCAACAACAGCAACAGCAGCAGCAACAACAGCAACAACAACAGCAGCAACAACAACAACAACAACAACAGUCUUUUGGAGCAACAGGAAGCAUGUUUGGCGGAGGAAGCAGCUUUUCAACUUGGCGAUGAAGUAUGCUGUGACCAUUUGUUUUAUUCUGUAGGAAUUGUUAUGUAUUUUUACACUGAAAUCUUAUUUGGGUAUCGGUUUCAAACAGGUAUAGUAGUUUAUUGAAAAUUCUUGUUGUAUUAAAGCAUUAUUAUUUUAUUCAGGUGUACACUACCCCUGAUUGGUUGUCAUAUUAAGGUGUAUGAUGUUUUAAAAUUGGAUAUUUGAGUUAUUAAAUUUUGUUGAACAAUUAGGCUUGAUAUUUAUUGUUUUCAGAUAAUUACUUCUCUAUGCAUAAAUUGCCUAAUAGAGAUGCAAACCAAAGGAUUAUUGAUGUAAAAAAAAACAUCUUCAAAAAUGUAUUUUAGUUUAUCAAGCAUCAUUUUGUCAUCCUGUUGCUGAUUAACAGAUAAGUAGUACAGUGUAUUGUAAACUCUAAUACAAAAUAAAGAGUAAAGUUUU